AUGGAGGGGAAGACCCGCGCCGGGGUCGCGCUGGUCCCGGGGCCGAGCGGCCGCGGGCCUUCCGCCCGCCGCGCCCGCCGCCGCCGCCGCCGCCGCUCGGGGCUGCUGCUCCCCGGCCUCUGGCUGCUGCUGCUGGCCCGGCCGACCUCGUGCACCCCAGAUGAGCUCCCUCUGGAACAGCACAAUCUUUCUUUCUCCUCCGUGGAGCUCAUGCCGAGGGAAAGUCCUGUGCCCAGCACUGCAUACGUGGCCUUAACAGAAACUGCUCCAGGGUCCCCGCAAAGCAGUUCUCCCCACGUCACAUCAUCUCUAUCCACCACGACUUUUGAUACAGCCUUUUUUAACCAAGGAAAAUGGACCCAAAGUACAGCAGAUCCCAGCAUCUUUGCGGCAAAUUAUGUGGCAGUGACGAGCAACGAGGUCCUAGAUGACGAUGAAAUGGACAACUUCUUGCCAGAGACUUAUUGGACCACCUCCCGUGUGGUUUCUCCGGUACGAUACGUCACAGUCAGUCCGCCAGAGCCGCCCAAAGAAACUUUAGAGUCCGUGCUGACUCCAUCGUUACCCAUAAUACCUUUACAAGAUGAGGAAGUGACGUCAGCCUGGCUAAACACAGUGCAGCAACCAACCACGCGUGCUGAACUCCCCGGUCAUUUCAGUGCUUUUCAGUCAGCUUUUCCCGCUUCUGAGGGCAUAAUUCCAAUGCCCAGUAGGAAUUUGGUGUUUUAUCCUUCUGAUGCUUGUGGACAUGUGUCAAGCAGGACUUUGCCGGAGAUCAUGGCUUCAGGAGCAGAGGGCUCAGGAACCCUCCUUCUUAGCUCGCAGUCUUCUGAGUCCUGGCCACUGGGCGAUGAUGUUACUCAGCAGCCAUCUCCCCCGUCAGGGCAGGUCUCACCACCUCCAGAGGAUGCUCUGGCCACAGAUACAGACAGAUACCCUGAUGUCACCACUGCUUUGGGUCAGAGUCUAGACAAAACCGUCCCUCCAGGCACACACCGUCCUGCAGCUCUGUCCCCGAGGGUCCUUGCUUUCAGCAGCAGCAGUGCCCAUUGGGCUUUGUUUCCGCCUCCUCUGGCACCUGGCUCCUUUUCUGCUCAAUCAGCUGGCAUGUCACAUAACCCCUUUCUUCCCGGCGAUUCCAGUGAGGCAUCAGAAUGGCCCGGCCACUCAGUGGUCCCAAGUCAUGCGGGUGACUCUCAUGUCCGGAGCCCGGUGUCUUUGUUCAGACCGUACACAUGGUGUGUGUCCUGCGCUGCGGUGUCGUCCCGGCCCGUGCUGUCAACGAGCCUCAUGGAGAAGGACGUGGGAUCGGGCGAUGGUGCUGAGACCCUGUCCCCCACCCCCUUGGAAGCCAGCAGCAUCUCUCCACUGAGCAGCAUCGUCACGGACUUCUCUGAAUUUGAGGAAGAUUCUCAAGAGUUUAAUACACUUUUCCCCUCCAGGCCAAUGGUCCCUCUCUCUUCUCCAUCCGGGGAAAUCUCAGCCACCAGCGUCAGUGUUUCAGCCGAGGGGGAGAUGAGCAGUGUUGUGGCCGUGCAGGUGUACCCUCCCCACGGCCACCCCUCGGUGUCACCUGAUGCUGCUCUGGGCUCUGCCUCUGUGGCUCAAGUGAUGCCGUCCAGCGUGACAGCCCUGCCGUCCUCGGUCACCCCCGGCGUCCUUCUCGACUCUUCUUUCCGCAUCACAGCAAACAGAAAUACACCUUCGCUCGCUGUCAGCGGCCCAGGUCUUUUUACGUCUUACAGUUCAGACCCUCCAGCAGAGUCUUCGCUUUUCCCUGACCGAGAACCUGUCAGUUUUUCCCAACUUGAAACUGCAAGUAUUUGGGGUUCUGCAUCCAGCUUUUUCUCUACCCCACCACUGGAAUACAGCAGCGGUAUCCCUCCACCUUCGGAAGUAUUUGCUUCUCCAUCUCUGAAGUCAAGGGAUCUGUCUACCUUUGUUUCUCAGGCAUUUUCCAGCUUGGUUGAGACACCUACAUUGACUGACGCAAUCAGUUCUCAGUCACCGCAGCCCUCUGUUCCCGGUUCCACAAACCUGGAGUUUUCUCAGCCCUGGCCAAGCUCAGACUUGCUUUUAAGCACAUUCGCUCUUCUCCCUGGUUACUCUGCAAUGUCACGACGCUCCAGCUUCCCCUCUGAUUCUCUGAAGUUUUCUGCAGCGCCCACAGUGUCGCUGGCAGACACUGAAGCUCAUUUUACCUCAGCUUUCACUGAAACUACCUCCUCUGCUGAGUCUUCACUCAUGUCGCAUGAAUCCGCAGUCACCACCCUGGUGCCCUCCAGCUCCGAGCCCGUUUUGACUGCGGACUCUCACUUCUUGUCACUUUGGACUGCCGUUUCUACAUCCCCUGUGUUAACUGAACCUUCUCUCUUUUCAACCCCGACACCUUCUGGUUAUAUCAGUGCUGUAAACGAUCACAUGUCUGUCUUACCCUCUUUCCCGGAAGUCACCCCUACCAGCACAGUGCUGGCCACUGCCGGGCACCUGCCGUCAGCAUCCUCGUCUGUUCCUGAUGUGACCCCCUCGCCUCUGCCUACAGAGCCUACAGGUGGUUCGCGUGGGCCGUCCUUCACACCCGUGGAUUUACCAAGGAACACCUCCACUGAACCAAGCGUAUCUGAUGCCAGUGGUGCCCCUGAGAAUUCUGGUCACACUACCCUGAACAGCAGAACUGCCAGUCAGGAUCCCCAUGAGGGCGGCACGGAUCUCCCCGCACUGUCCCUUCAUCCCGUGACCACCCCCACUCCCGAAGCAUCAGUUCAUACUCCAGCACUGGUCACCACCAAGUCGCCAUACGUGUGUGAUAUUACAGUUCCUGAUGCCUAUUUGAUCACAACUGUGCUGGCCCGCAGAGCCGUGCAGGAGUAUAUCAUCACAUCCAUCAAAGAGGUGUUGAGGACCCACUUUAACCGCGUGGUGGAGCUCAAGGUUUAUGAACUAUUCGCUGACUUCACUUUCCUGGUAACGUCUGGUCCCUUUGUUUACACGGCAAUAUCUGUCAUCAAUGUACUUAUAAAUAGUAAACUUGUACGAGACCAAACUCCUUUAAUCUUGGCUGUGAAACCCUCCUUCCUUGUGCCAGAGUCCAGGUUCCAAGUUCAAACAGUACUCCAGUUUGUGCCUCAGAGUGUGGACACCGGCUUCUGCAACUUCACCCAGCGCAUCGAGAAAGGCCUGAUGAUAGCGCUCUCAGAAGUGAGAAAACACCACCAGGGGAGGUAUAACCUCACGGUGCAGAUCUUGAAUAUCACUGUGGGAUCUUCGAGGCUGGCUCCUCACCGGGGCCCAGUGAACAUCAUCUUUGCUGUCAGAGGCUCUCAGGGGUUUCUGAACGGAUCUGAAGUGAGUGAGCUACUCAGAAACCUGAGCGUGGUGGAGUUCAGUUUCUACCUGGGGUACCCGGUGCUGCAGAUUGCCGAACCCUUCCAGUACCCGCAGCUCAACUUAUCUCAGCUGUUGAAGUCCUCCUGGGUAAGAACAGUCCUCCUGGGUGUUGUUGAGAAGCAACUCCAGAAUGAAGUGUUUCAAGCUGAGAUGGAGCGCAAGCUGGCUCAGCUGCUCAGUGAAGUUUCCACCAGAAGGCGGAUGUGGAGAAGGGCCACCAUCGCUGCUGGGAACAACAUGGUGCAGGUGGUAAAUGUGUCAAGGCUCGAGGGAGAUGACAAUCCUGUGCAGCUCAUCUACUUUGUGGAGGAUCAAGAUGGAGAGAGACUCAGUGCAGUCAAGUCUUCAGAUCUGAUUAACAAGAUAGACAUCCAGAGAGCAGCCAUCAUCUUGGGUUACCGAAUUCAAGGCGCUGUUGCCCAACCUGUGGACAGGGUGAAGAGGCCGUCCCCCGAGUCCCAGAGCAGCAACCUCUGGGUCAUCGUGGGCGUGGUCGUGCCGGCACUGGUAGUGCUGGUGAUUGUCAUCAUCCUCUACUGGAAGCUCUGCCGCACGGACAAGCUGGACUUUCAGCCUGACACCGUGGCCAACGUUCAGCAGCGUCAGAAGUUGCAGAUCCCUAGUGUGAAGGGCUUCGAUUUCGCUAAGCAGCACCUGGGGCAGCACAAUAAGGAUGACAUACUGAUCAUUCACGAGCCAGCACCACUGCCGGGACCCGUGAAGGACCACACCACGCCCUCUGAGAACGGAGAUGUGCCGAGCCCCAAGGCCAAGAUCCCUUCCAAGAACAUCCGUCACAGAGGAAGAGUUUCUCCCUCGGAUGCUGACUCCACAGUAAGUGAAGAGUCCAGUGAGAGGGAAGUGGGGGACAAGACUCCAGGAGCUGUGACCGAUGGCAAGUCCCACAGAGCCCCACAGAGUGGGGCAGCACCCAGCUCAGGGAACGAGCAGCAUUCAUCAGCUUCCAUCUUCGAGCACGUGGACAGGAUCUCCCGCUCCUCGGAGGCCAGUCGGCGGGUCCCCAGUAAGAUCCAGCUGAUUGCCAUGCAGCCCAUCCCAGCUCCUCCGGCUCCACACCCCAUCCUGGCUGACCGUGUGGCAGAAACCAACAAAAUUAACAAAGAGAUCCAGACGGCGCUGCGGCACAAGUCUGAGAUCGAGCACCAUCGCAACAAGAUCCGGCUGCGCGCCAAGCGCCGCGGGCACUACGAGUUCCCGGUGCUGGACGAGCUGUCGUCGGGCGACACGCGGGAGCGGCACCGCGUGUACCGCAGGGCGCAGAUGCAGAUCGACAAGAUCCUGGACCCCACGGCCAGCGUACCCUCUGUGUUCAUCGAGCCCAGGAAGAGCUCCAGGAUAAAACGUUCCCCUAAGCCACGCCGGAAACACCAGGUCAACGGCUGCCCUGGAGAUGCUGAGAAGGACAGACUUAUCACCACAGACAGCGACGGCACUUACAAAAGGCCGCCUGGUGUCCACAACUCUGCCUAUAUUGGUUGCCCGUCUGAUCCUGACCUCCCGGCUGACGUGCCCACGCCAUCGUCGGCUGAGCUGGGGAGGUAUCCAGGCCUGCCCUUCCCGGCCUCCCAGUACAUCCCGCCCCAGCCGUCCAUCGAGGAGGCGCGCCAGACCAUGCACUCCCUCCUAGAUGAUGCUUUUGCCCUGGUGGCCCCCAGCAGCCAGCCCCCCAACGCUGUGGCUGCAGGCCCCGGGGUCCCAGCCGGCCUGCCCGUGAACAGCACCCCUUCCCGGGAAGAGAGACGAGCCACCCAGUGGGGGUCCUUCUACAGCCCGGCUCAGACGGCCAACAACCCGUGCAGUAGAUAUGAAGACUAUGGAAUGACACCCCCAUCAGGCCCGUUACCAAGACCCGGUUUCGGACCUGGUUUGCUGCAGUCUUCGGAGCUGGUGCCUCCCGAGCCCCCACAGCCCCAAGCAUCGUCUGAAGCCACCUCAUUUGCUGCCCGAGGGAUCUACUCUGAGGAGGGGCCGUCAGUGGCUCGGCCUCGGCCUGUUGGGGGCACCACAGGCUCUCAGAUCCAGCACCUGACGCAGGUGGGAAUCGCCAGCAGAAUCGGAGCUCAGCCAGUGGAAAUCCCACCGAGCAGAGGCGGCCAGUAUGGGGGGCCAGGCUGGCCUGCCUACGGGGAGGACGAAGCUGGCCGGAGAGAGGCUACACAUGUGCUCGGACAUCAGGAGUAUUCAUCACCGCUGUUCCAGGUGCCAAGGACUUCAGGCCGGGAGCCCUCAGCUCCUCCCGGGAACCUCCCUCACAGGGGGCUGCCGGGUGCUGGAUUGGCCUACCCCACCAGUUCCACAGAAGACCUCCAGCCCAGCCACUCCUCAGCCUCUCUCAUCAAAGCAAUCCGCGAGGAGCUCCUCCGGCUCUCGCAAAAGCAGACCGCCGUGCAGAACUUCCACAGCUGA